AUGCGGCCUGUUCCAAAUGUCCCAAGAGAAAUGAUCGAUGAAAUAAUCAGGAAAAAAAAAUUAGAAUUGGCUGCUCGACAAAUAACUCGUUUGGCUAAUCUUAUUGGAAUUUAUUCAGGUGAUGAUACUUCUACUACCACUGCUGUGACAAAAAAUGAUAAAAAAAAAUCAACAACUUUAUCAAAAAAUAAAGUUAACGAUAAUGAAGAUGAACAUUUGAAUAUUAGAAGUUCUACACAACAAAAAGAUCAAGGAUUCUAUGAAUUUACUUAUUUAAUUGAACAAUAA